AUGUUUGGUUUGCUUUGCAUCCAUUUUACAAUUUAUUUAAACCCUGUACUUCAGAAUUCUGUAAUGGCAAGUGAGGGACCAGCUAAUACUAAUAACGUGGAGGAAGAAUUAGAAGAAGAGCAUUUGGAUGAAGAAUCCAUUCUUACGGAGUACGAUCCUGAUGAUUUUCUGUCGGGUGCUGUUAACAGCUUGGACUCAACAGUUCCCUCGAAUUUUUUAGAGUUUGAAGUAGAUCCGAAUUACCGCAUAGCCAUAGCAGAAGACAGAGAAGGUGGCCGAGAUCCGUUGAUCCUGCUUUAUACCUGGCCGCAGAUGGAAAUAGAUGCAGUGUUACGCGACGGAACAACUAAUGCCUAUUCUAUACUAGACUUCAGUCCUGAUGGUGAGCUGCUUGCUUCAGUGGGAAAAGAACCUGAUUAUAAUUUAACUAUUUGGAAUUGGAAAAGACAUAAAAUUCUUUUAAGAACAAGUGCUUUUUCUUUUGAUGUUAGCACUGUCAUGUUUUCGAAAUAUUGCCCUGGACAAUUAACUACGGCCGGUGCGGCACACAUAAAGUUUUGGAAAAUGGCUCACACAUUUACUGGGUUAAAAUUGAAAGGAGAACUUGGCAGAUUCGGUAAAACUGAGAUUUGUGACGUCCUGGGAGUAUACCCUAUGCCAGAUGAAAAGGUGCUCUCCGGUUGCGAGUGGGGCAAUAUUCUGGUAUGGGAAGCUGGACUUGUCAAAUUGGAAGUAACACAGCGUGGUCGAAAAACUUGUCACAAAGCACCAAUAAUUCAGUUUAUGCUAAGUCCGGCGGGUGACGAGGUAACAACUAUAUCUCGCGAUGGUUGCGUUCGGGCCUGGUAUUGGGACACAGUAGAUCAAGCUGAUCCACCCGAGGAUGAUCCUUACGUCGAGCUAAACCCUGUUGCGGAGACUUGUGUGCCCGGUUGCCAAAUCAUGUGCCUUAAACAUCAAAAAGAUAUGUACUGGUAUGCUCAAGAUGGUAAUGGCGGCAUUUGGACAGUAGACUUGGAAAUAGACAAAAUCGAGUGUAAUCAUCGUAAAGUGUUGACUAGCCACGCUGGUGGUAUAGUAGGAAUGGUUAAUUUACGCUUGCAUCCUUUACUUAUCACCGUGGGAGAAGAUGGCGCGCUACACGUGUAUAACACACAAAACCAAGUACUUCUUGCCAGAUACCAAUUUCCAAGUGCUAUAACAUGUUUAAUGUAUCCUCCAAUAGAUGUGGAUCCAACCGCAAGAAUCAUUAUGGUUGGGUUUGCGGAUGGUGUAAUGCGUACACUUUUGCUACAUCCAGAAAGAUUUCUAUCAGUGACUUCACUCCUCGAUGUGCGAAUACAUUCCGCUAUAACCAUACAUAGUGAUGACUCCGUGAACGCAGACGCAUUGGAUCUGAUUUCGUUUCUCAAGCCUCAUUCGAAGUCUCUAACUCAAAUAACGAUCAACAACCAACACACGUUGCUUGUGACUUGUAGUCAGGAUACCACAAUAUUUAUGUAUCAAUUGAAGUCUGGCACACCAUUUAUUUUACAAAAAUUGGGAUACAUUGAAACACCAAAUAACAUAACAUACAUGACUUGGAAACCAAAUGAGGAACGAGUAUUACUCAUGUGUGGUCAGGUUGGUUUUUUAAUGGAAGCUGUUUUACCAGACGUCUCAGUUCGUAAAUACACUGAAAUAACUACCUUCAAAUUGGACUUUGUGUCUUAUAAAGAAACUACUGUAAAAAAACAUUAUAUGCGUCAUCGGCCUUUUCCACAAGAAGAAGACUUGGCAAGUAUAGACGAGGAAGCAUUAAAAGCUAGAGAAGAAGCAGAAAAAGAAAACACCGAAGAGGAAGAAGAAUGGACUGGUGAAAUUCAACUAAUUGAGAGCGAAAGUAUGCUGGGAACUACAGUGACAUGGGCGAAAUAUUGUGAAGAGGGUGUAUGGAUAGUACAACGCGGGACCGGAGCCUUGCUACUAGUGCAACCAGGUCAAAACAAGAUACUUAAAUAUGGCCCCUUUCCUGAAGCCUGGUGUGAAGACAUUACUACUUUAAAAUUUAUAUGCGGCGGCCGCUAUCUAAUUUUUGGUACAAAUACCGGCUACAUACGCGUUGUUAGGAUGCCAACAGAAGAUGAGGAUUCGGAGGAACAUCACUAUUUAACGUGGAAAUUGGCAUUACAGAGUCUUCUCCGUCAACUUAAGGGCAGACGCCUAGCGAAAGAAGAGUCUCAACCCACGCCACGUAUAGAUUUCAUUGACAACUAUUACCUUCCCAUGCACAAUAGUUAUACAGGGGCUAUAACAUGUAUUGAAAUCACCUCUGACGGAAGACGACUUUACACAUGCGGAAAAGAUGGUAAUAUUUUCUCAUAUACAAUCAAUUUCUCAGAGCCGUUGCUACCAGAAUUAGAAUUACCAAGAGUUUUAGAAAUACCGAAAAUGGAAAAAGUAAAGGAACCUAGUACUAUAGACGGGGAAAUUAUGUCCCAUGAACAGCUCAAACAAAAGGAAGAGUACGAUAAAAUGAUGGCUGUAGCCAAUGCGCACAAGAAACAAGUCCGUAACCAGCUCGCUGAGCUCACGAUCGAAUUCAGUAAACUGAUUAAAGCGAACCGCGCUUUACCAGUCUCGCAACAAAUCGACUUGAUUCUAGACCCUCGACCAAUAAUGGAACUCGAAAAAGAGCUUAACGAAGCUAAGGCUCUAACCAGAAGAAAACUAGCACACCAGCUGGAGGCAUCUGAUCUGGCUUAUCAAAAAAUGUACCACAGGAAUAUAAUACAACUAGAUGUGUUCCCCUUUACAUUAAAAGCAAUCAGAGAUCCAGAUAUUAUGAUAAGGCCGCUGCGACAGAAAAAUCUUUCUAAAGUUUUCUACGACCAAUUGGAGGAAGUGUAUCAGAAAAUGGCUGAAGCGGCAUUAAAAGGAAGCCGACAUGGAACUAAAACGCACCAAAUCCACUGCGCGUCGUACCCAAUACAGAAAAGCAACCUGGGGGGGCCUCCACGUGUAGCAUCUUUCUUAUUGGGUUUACCGCCCAACCCAUCACAUAUGCUAAAAAAAGCCCUGCGGAAUUAUUACCAACGAAUAAAUCGUCAUCACUUACAAUUUAUUGAGUGGCAAGAGCACUUGUCUCGCAAACCCGACCCGAAUGCAAUGCCGCCAGGAGCAGCUGAAGCUCUAAAGGAGGCUGAAGCUACCAUCGGCAAUCGUCUCCUGAAAACCCAACCAGACUAUGUUGCUUCGCCUGGGCAUAACACACAACUGAGAAUUUGCCUGGCGAGAAAAGAGGUACACGACACUAAACGCGAAUUCAAUGAAAAAGUUCUUGAACUAAGGCAGCACAAAUUGCGCCUCGUACAACGAAUGAAAGAUAUUGGGGAGCGCUUGACAGAAAUUCGAGCUGAAAUUCCCCAUAAUUUGAUUAAAACUCCACCUCCAAUUCCAGUAAUUGACGACGACCUUGAAUUCCCCGAAAAGAACUUAGAGAUAAAGCCUAUUGUUAUUCAACCGGGUCCAAAAUUAACUGCGGCUAAAAAAUCACUGCAGGAAAGAAGAAAGUCCUUAGUUUAUCCUCAACCACGAGUACGUCAGCCGCGAGUUUCAAGAUUUAUACCUAUUACAGAAAGCCGCCCAUUAACAGCGACUUGGGAGCUUUUAAAAAUUAAACAAGGCCAAGAGUCUUCAGCGAUAGAAGUCGAUAUUCGAGAAAGACGUAUUAAAAGACAUCUUUAUGAGCAAGACAUGUUACUAGUGGAUGCUGCGAUUUCAGUCCAACAAUUCGAUUCCCGUCUCAGAGAACUACAGAGAGAACGCAUACGAGUACAGGAAAAAAAUGAACUUUUGGAACUUCAUUUAUACCAAUUGCAUCAAGAAAUGAACGUUCUGAACCGCUUCGAAGCGCAAGAAGAUCGGCUCGCUGAGCGCGUUUACGCUAAGCUGAUGCAGAUUCGCGGCAUUCAAGAUCAAAUUCAAGACUGCGAGCACCGUAUCGAAGAGCACAUUACUGAAAAAGAAGAGCUGGACGAGGCAUGCCAGGAAAUGCAACACCAGUUUAAACAACUCGUGCAGGAUAAUAAAUUUGCUGAUUUCUUAAGAAGAAUUUUUAAGAAAAAAUACAAGCCACCUCGUGAGCGGGAUGACAAUGAGUCAUCGGAAUCUGAAUCGUCGACUUCAUCUAGUGAAGAAGAAGAUGAAGGAAGUCUCGAUAGCCGUGAUAUUGGCCCGAUACGUUUAGAUCCCAAUGUUUGUCCCGAAGGAUGUGACAAAGUAAUCUAUGAUAAAACUUACGAACUCCGUAGUAACAGACAUCAAUACGAACAAGAAAUGCUGGAAAAAGAUCGUCUUAUAGAUCUUCUGCGCAAGGACAUUGACGCUCAUAACAAAGUAAAACGAACGAUGUCUACGAAACUGGAUAAAAGGAAGAACGAACUGAAGGAAUUUAUGUGCCAACAACCAAUCCAGGGAUUAAAAUUACAAUCUGUAGAAGCAAGCUAUCCUCGGGAGGUCGGAUUACAAAAAAAGAUAGACCUCUGUGGGUGA